AUGGGGCUCGCCGCGGCCCCGCUCGUGCUGCUGCUGCUGCUGCUGCUGCUGCUGCCCCCCGCCAGCGCCGCGACCCCCGUGUCCACCCUGUCCCCCUGCUCGGCCUUGCUGCCGGACGCCUCCGAGGAGCUGGACCUGAGCAACCGGAGCCUCGGAUGCGCCGAGCUGGACUGGAGCCCGUUCCGCCGGCAGCGCCGGCUGGUGCUGAGGAACAACGGCAUCGAGGCCCUGAGCCCCUCGGCCCGCCUGGGGCCCGGCACGGAGGAGCUGGACCUGGCGGAGAACCGGCUGCGGGAGCUGCCCGAGGGCUUCUUCAGCAACGCCACGGCCCUGCGGACCCUGCGCCUGGAGGGGAACCCCCUCCCCGCCGUGCCCCCCGCCGCCUUCCAGCCCGCGCUGAGAUCCCUGUCCGUGUCCUGCCGCUGCGACGUGCUGGGCACGGUCCUGGUGCCCUGCUCCCGUCAGGGGCUGCGGUGUCUGUGCUUCACGUCCCUCCGGCACCCCUCCAACGUCACGGAGUUCCACGGCCGGGAGUGCGGGCCCGGCCGGCGGCUGGUGGCCGGCGUGGCCGGGGCGGCCGCUGCCGGUGUGCUGGUGGCCGCGGGCGCUGCCGCGGUUUGGUGCCGGCGGAGGAGAGCGGGAGGCGGAGACGGCGGGGGGAAGCCGGAUCCCGCUGGGAACCUCCGGCAGCCCCGCUACGUCAGCCGGGACCCCGAUGGCACCGCCGAUGGCACCGACGCCCCCGACUACGAGAACGUCUUCGUGAGCCCCGGCACGGCGCCGUGCCGCGCAGGGAUGGCGCCAGGGUGGCAGGAGCGGCGCUACAGCCCGCAGGUCCUGGCGGAUGAGGAUUAUUUCCUGGAGAGCGCGGCCGAUCCCGGGGACCAGCCCAUCUACGCCAACACUCUGGUCGCCGACGACGUCUACAUCAUCCCUGACCAGUGAGGGGCUGGGGGGACACCAGGAGGGCCGGGGACCGCUCCCUGUCCCCCGCUGACGCCCUUUGCCCCCUGGCCCAGAGGGCACAGGGACGUUCCCCGCGGCGUCACCCGCGCCUGUGGGAACGCCUUCGGCGGGGGGAUUUUUUCCGAGCGCCCCGCUCCCCUCCUUCGCCCCAGUUCUCACGCUGAGGCGAGGGCUGAGAUGACAUUUCCUCCCGGGGCCAAGGCCCGCCGAGCGUGGGGACGCCUCGCCGCAUCCGCCGGCGGCUGGCACCGCGCGGGGUCCCGGGGCUGCGCUGGAGGAGCUGGGGCUGCCGGGGCCUUGGCUUCCUCUUCUCCUUUUGGAGCCGUGAGAGCGCCGGGCGUGUGCUCGCCUGGGGACGUGCUGGCGGUUGGGGACAUCCGGUGCCACCUGCGCCCCCUUUUCCUGCUAAAUCCGCCGCUUUGGGGAACCAAAGUUCCUUUUCUUUUUUUUUUUUUAAUCCUCCUUGGUGACACCUCGAGCUCUUGGGUGCCGUGGGCACGUAGAGACCCCAUGGAUUCUCUGGGUGUCCCCUC